AUGGACAUUAUAUCCGAAGGGCAUUUCUCUGUCAAAUCUGUUAGUCGUGUAUCUUCUUCCCAUAUCAACACUCAAGUCUCUUCCACUGUAGCUUGGAAAAAGCUUUGGAAUCUAAAAGCGCCUGAAACAAUUAAAAUGGUCCUUUGGAGAUUAGGGGUCAACGCCCUUCCAACCAGAGUAAACCUUUUAAAAAGGGUGGAUAUUCAUGAUCCAACUUGCCUCCUUUGUCAGGGAUGUAUCGAGUCACCUUGCCAUCUGUUUCUUAGAUGUCUAAUUGCUAAAGCUUUAUGGUUCUCAGCUUGUUGGGGUUUCAGAGCAAAAGAUGUAAGGGCUGAUUCACCUGAGGACAUAGUCAAUCUAGUUAUCAAGCCCCCAGAUGCUCUUUGUCGAGUAGCAGACCAAUGGAAAGUUUCACUAGUCAUGGCCCUUACUUUAGAGGAGAUAUGGAUGAUGAGAAACACUGAGCUCCAUCUUAAAAGCAAAGUGGACUUGCGUGCCUCCACUCAGCUCAUUCAAAGAAGAUUCAGGGAUUCAAUGACAGCUCUGGCUGUGGUUGCCACAGACCGCGGAGGUUUUAUUUGUAAUGUUUGGGCAAAAGUCAGCCCCCUUCGGUCACUACUCCAAGCUAAAACAGAAGCUCUUUUAUGGGUCGUGCAGAUUGCUAAGCAGGAAAGAUGGAAUCAGGUAGCUUUUGAAGGAGAUUCGCAGGUGUGUUUCAAUUCACUAUCCAACAGCGCUGCCACUCCAGAUUGGUCCAUCCAGACUACCAUCUCCAACAUUCGCUCCUUAGCUGAGGUGAUUCAUCACAGUUCUUUUGUUUGGAUUAAGAGAAGCUGCAAUGCAACAGCUCAUGAAGUCGCUAGAUUAGCUUUAAAUUCCAGAUUUUCUUUUGUUUUCAAUAAGGGUAAUCUUCCUCCAGCUCUUGCUGCUGUUUGUAAGGAAGAUUACCUUCGCUAUUCUUCCCUUGUUUAG